GUCGCGGGAGGGAGCCGGCGGGGGCGGGAGCGCCCAGCACGCCCCGCGCUCCACAGAGCCCCGCUCCAUGCGGACCCGCGGGCGGGAGGGCGCCACGCACGUCGCCGCAGCGGCCGUCCCCGCGGGCGGGGACCGAGCCUGCCACCGAGCCGCCGACCUCCCUCGCCGGGAGCCCUGACUCUAUGGCCCCGGGGGAGCGCGCCGGAGCCUCCGCGCCGCCCACCACCAGCCGGAACCCGAGCGCCAGCCGGAGGAAGAGGGGAGCCCCGGGCGCCGCCGGCCCCGGCCCAGGGGCCCGCCCGCGGUCCCCGUCCCCGCCGCGGGGAAUGGCGGGCAGGUAGCCGGCUGGCGCGAGGACCCCCGCGGCGGGCAGGACCAGCCGAGGACGCCGCGGCCCCGAGAGAGGGAGGAGAGCGGCGGCCCGCCCGCCCCCGGCCGCAGCCCCAGCAGGGCCCUCCCCCGGCGGCGCGCGCCCGCGCGCGCACACACUCGCACACCGUGCCUCCGCUCCUGCCCAACCUCGCCUGCCCCCCGCGAGUGCCGAACCCCCUGGGGCCGGAUGCCAUGGGUAACAACUUCUCCAGUAUCCCCUCUCUGCCCCGAGGAAACCCGAGCCGGGCGCCGCGGGGCCACCCCCAGACCCUUAAAGACUCCAUCGGGGGCCCCUUCCCUGUCCCGUCUCACCGAUGCCACCACAAGCAGAAGCACUGCCCUCCGGUGCCGCCCGGCGGGGGGGUCCCGGCCACGCCACUGCUCUUCCACCCGCACACCAAGGGCUCCCAGAUCCUCAUGGACCUCAGCCACAAGGCCGUCAAGAGGCAGGCCAGUUUCUGCAAUGCCAUCACCUUCAGUAACCGCCCGGUCCUCAUCUAUGAGCAAGUCAGACUGAAGAUCACCAAGAAGCAGUGCUGCUGGAGUGGGGCGCUGCGCCUGGGCUUCACAAGCAAGGACCCGUCCCGCAUCCACCCUGACUCGCUGCCCAAGUACGCCUGCCCCGACCUGGUGUCCCAGAGCGGCUUCUGGGCCAAGGCGCUGCCCGAGGAGUUUGCCAACGAGGGCAACAUCAUCGCUUUCUGGGUGGACAAGAAGGGCCGCGUGUUCUACCGCAUCAACGACUCAGCUGCCAUGCUCUUCUUCAACGGGGUCCGCACGGCCGACCCGCUCUGGGCCCUGGUGGACGUCUACGGCCUCACGCGGGGCGUCCAGCUGCUGGACAGCGAGCUGGUGCUCCCGGACUGCCUGCGGCCCCGCUCCUUCACCGCCCUGCGGCGGCCGUCGCUGCGGCGCGACGCCGACGAGGCGCGCCUCUCCGUGAGCCUGUGCGACCUCAACGUGCCGGGCGCCGAGGGCGACGAGGCCGCGCCGGCCGCCGGCUGCCCCAUCCCGCAGAACUCGCUCAACUCGCAGCACAGUCGCGCGCUGCCCGCGCAGCUCGACGGCGACCUUCGCUUCCACGCGCUGCGCGCCGGCGCGCACGUCCGGAUCCUAGACGAGCAGACGGUGGCGCGCCUGGAGCACGGGCGCGACGAGCGCGCGCUCGUCUUCACCAGCCGGCCUGUGCGCGUGGCCGAGACCAUCUUCGUCAAGGUCACGCGCUCGGGCGGCGCGCGGCCCGGCGCGCUCUCCUUCGGCGUCACCACGUGCGACCCCGGCACGCUGCGGCCCGCGGACCUGCCCUUCAGCCCCGAGGCCCUGGUGGACCGCAAGGAAUUCUGGGCCGUGUGCCGCGUGCCCGGGCCCCUGCACAGCGGCGACAUCCUGGGCCUGGUGGUCAACGCCGACGGGGAGCUGCACCUCAGCCACAACGGCGCCGCGGCGGGCAUGCAGCUGUGCGUGGAUGCCUCGCAGCCGCUCUGGAUGCUCUUCGGCCUGCACGGGGCCGUCACGCAGAUCCGCAUCCUCGGCUCCACCCUCCUGGCAGAGCGGAGCAUCCCGUCACUCUCCUGCUCCCCUGCCUCCACGCCAACCUCGCCCAGCGCCCUGGGCAGCCGCCUCUCCGACCCCUUGCUCAGCACGUGCAGCUCUGGACCUCUGGGCAGCUCUGCUGGCGGGACAGCCCCCAACUCUCCAGUGAGCCUGCCUGAGUCACCAGUGACCCCGGGCACAGGACAGUGGAGCGAUGAGUGCACCAUUUGCUAUGAGCAUGCAGUGGACACGGUCAUCUACACAUGUGGCCACAUGUGCCUCUGCUAUGCCUGUGGCCUGCGCCUCAAGAAGGCUUUGCACGCCUGCUGCCCCAUCUGCCGUCGCCCCAUCAAGGACAUUAUCAAGACCUACCGCAGCUCCUAGCCCGUCAUGGCGCCCCACCCUGCACGCCUGCCUCUCAGACUCCGGCCCCACUCCAGCCGAGGGGCAAGCCAACAGGGCCCCUUCUCUUCGUACUUGUUUUGGAAACUCUUUCCUCUUCUCCAUUAAACAUGGGAAACUGA